UUCUCUUCCCUUUCUUUCUUUUUUUUUCUUAAAAAAGCACGACCUUCUUUUGAUAGUCUUCCAUUAAACCAUACAUAAACUUUGAUCAUAGCAGAAAUAGACCCGCAUGUUUUUGGCAGGGAAGACCAAGGAAUUCUAUAUUGACUUGCAAACCAAUCGCUACUACAAGCCAGGAGAGGCCAUUAAAGGGGAUGUUGUUCUUGACCUUGCAAAAGCGAGAAAGAUACACCAUAUUCGAGUAACACUAGCUGGUGUCGUACAAGUUGGCGCCAACACCCUGACUUUGUUUAGCCGUGAAUGCCAGAUCGCUACUGCCCCGGACGAGUCAGGCAGUGCACAUCAGCUGGAAGCCAAAAGCAACCGAUUCCCUUUUGAGCUUAGCAUUCCCGGGUCCAGUGCAGAACUUCCGACGAGCAUGAAGCUGACACAACAAAGCGGUGUAAGGUACACAAUCACUGCCGUACUCAAGAUUCCAUAUACGCUGGUACAGUCAUGGUCUCCUCAGGACAGUCGAGAGAUAUCACUUGUCGAAGAUAUUGAUGUAAGUCUCCCCGAGUAUAAAGUCAAGGCCCGGGCGGAUGAACAAGUCAAACACCAAGAGAAUACAGCGGUAGUUUCGAUGCAUAUUCCCAAAACCGCCAUUGUACGAGGCGACAUCUUGCCUGUUACAGCAAUUAUCAAACAUUAUAAGGAUUUUGUAAAGCCAAAGGCGGUAAAGCUCAGUUUGGUGAGACGGUUCUAUCUAUUCGGCAAGGGCAAAAAACAAUUGGUUGAACAACGCACCAUCAAAUCACGUGUAUAUGAUCUGGAACUGACGAGCGAUAACGAAUACAAGAAUGAAUUUGUGGCAAAGAUAUUCAUUCCACAGUCUGUGGCACCAACCACAUCUUCCAGCGGCCGCAUCUUGCGUGUCGACUACACGGCACAUAUCUCGGUCGAUCUGAACACGGUGGAUCGUGAGGAUCCCCGCUAUUUGGAGUCUCAUGCUGUUUAUAUGGACAUUUUUGUUAAAAUCGGUACAACGCCCAAAGCAGAAGUAUCUAUUGACAGUGACGAGGAGAGUGACGAAGAGGAACCGGCCGAAGAUGAGCUUCCAGAGCUGUCAAAGGAUAUGGAGCAACUCGAUUUGAGCGAUGAGCGCGAGGAUGGUCAUGAAAUAUCUUCGGUCUAUGCGCCAGCACCUGUAUAUGCAUCGCCACCGCUUUCGUAUGUGUCACGCGAGAACAGCAUGACUAGAACUACUAAUGCAAAGGAACUUGAACCUGCUUCAGCAUCUUUAUCAAGAAACAGCAGCGUCGCAAGCAGCAACACCACUAGCAGCAGCAUAAGAUCAGAUCCACCAACAGCAGCUCUAUCUCGUGAUAAUAGCGUUGCCAGUACCGCCAGCAGACGAAGCAUCGCCGCCGCUGCUCCUGUUGCUGAGCAACCACCCGCGCCUCUAUCUCGAGAUAACAGCUUAGCAAGCACAGCUAGCAGAAGAAGUAUUGCCGAAGUGCAUGAUCCCUUGUCACGCAAUAGCAGUUUUGCCAGUACUGCAAGCAGUAGCAGAAGACCUGCACAGGACAACUACCAUACAAGAUCCAGUAGUCAACAUUCUUCGUCCUACUAUCAGCAACAACAUCAAACAACUACUCCUCAACUACAACACCACCAGCUGCACCGAGACGAAUCACUCCACAGUACCAUCUCACACUCAUCCACGCCAUCCACAUCGCCCUAUAAUAGCCCAUCCACAAGUACGUCUGCAUCACGCAAUAACAGCGUGCGUAUGUCGAUGCCUGUUGCUAUGCCAGUACCACCAUCACAGCAACAGUUUCCACGACAACAGUCGCCAUCAGGAAUGGCUAUGCCUAUACCAAUGCCGAUGCCUCACGUACUACAGCAACCGACCUAUCCACAUCAUCACCAACCCCCUCCCCCACAGCAAUAUUCGACAUCACCACAUAACCAGCUUUAUUCCUCUUCUCCGCAUAAUUACCAUCAUCAACCACCGCCUCCAACAACAUAUUUCCCUGGACAAGAACCGCCACCACCUCAAUUCGACGCACCAUUACCUCCUCCACCUCCAUCCCCUUUCAGCAAUGGCAGCAGUCCCAACUUGCAAAUGCCAAUGCCGUUGAUGCCUGGACCUGGACCACAACAUUGGCCAUCCCAAUCUUCCUUCCAUAGUCCACACAUUUCCCACGACAAUGCUCCUCCUCCUACUCCUCAACACCCUUCACCAGGUUACUGGUAAAACAUUAAAAAACCGCCAAGUAGAUCCACUGCGAAUUAAACCACAAUUUCCGGG